CAUCUGGUAUGUCUCCACGUUGUCUUGGUGGAGUCGAUCGCUUUCCCCGUCUGCUGUGUCAUUUUAUCCCUGGCAAUAGUGUUCCUGGGAUCCUGGUACAGGCUGCCAGAAGUACAUUUUCUUUAAAAUCUUCAUGAUUCGCCUUUCUUAUUCUUCACGUGUCUAUUUGUACUUCGCUGCCUGAUGUCUUCGUUGCAGGCAAGGCUUACUUCCUAGAUCAUCAUCAUUCCAAUGAUCUCCUUAUCAUGGUGUGCUAGCCGAUGUGGCGGUAUCUCACUUCUUUCAUUACUUGCUCUAUGUUCUUGGGUCUUAUUCAGGGCAGCUAUAAGCACAACAGCUCAACCACAUCAAGACAGUGAUAACCAUCACAUGAAAAGUCGAUUUACAACAGCCAAAUAUGGUGGUACUUCAACACACGUUUUCGCAUACUACUCUCUCCUCGUUCACAGCUUGGUAGUGGCAUUUCAAUUCCGAGCUUGUCGAGCAGUAUGGGAGGGAACUGCAAAUCUUCAAAGGACGAAACUACAGAAAUGGCUCACGAAUCGGCACCUCCAUCGUCGCUGGAAAUAUUCAGCGUCGUCGCUCUCAAGCACUGAUACCUCCAGUUCUCCGUCAUCACUUUCUUCCAGCGAGGUUGGUGAUUGGGACUCUUCGACAGAGACAGAACAUGAAUUGGAAUUGGUGAUUCACGCCAUCCUCGUUCCCAACUACAAGGAAGAUAUCGAGGGACUUAUCGAAACGUUGCAAGUUCUUGCUUCUCACCCUCAGGCGCGCCAUACAUAUGAUGUAUAUUUGGCCAUGGAGCAACGCGAGCUUACCGCCAAAGCCAAAGCCGCCCAACUGGUCUCUAAAUUUAAAGGCUGCUUCAGGUUCAUAGCAGCUACCUUCCACCCAGAGGAUAUUGCCGGGGAGUCUCCAGGAAAGAGCAGCAAUUUGAGCUGGGCUGCUCGAGCUGCUAGCAAGAGAUACGAGAUUGAGACAAGGAGGGAUGUCGUUCUGACUAGCAUUGACGCCGACAGCCAUCUUUCCUGGAGAUACUUUUCAGAGAUAACCUCUAUGCACUUUGCAUACUCAGAAACCGCAUCGACAACUCUCUACUCGACGCCAAUCAUCUUCGAUAGGAAUGCGCACCUAGUUCCCGGUGUAGUGCGAUCGGACGUCGUUUGGAGCGCAGCGGGUCUUUCAGGUCUUGGCUCGACGAUAUGUCCACCAACGUCAGUCUACUCUGUUCCACUCGAACUGGUGGAUCGAGUCGGUGGCUGGGAUACGGGACCAGAUUCGAUUGGGGAAGACCUUCACAUGUACCUGAAGUGCUUCUUUGCUCUCAAUGGCAAUUUGACCACGAGGUCGGUGAAGAGCCCCGUGAGCCAGACCAAUAUCACGACUUCUGCAGGCCAAGGCUUGUUGGGACAGUUGCAUGGUGUUGAUGCUCGUUACCGACAGGCACUUCGGCACAUGUGGGGAUCUUUGGAUUCCGGUUAUGCAUUGAAGCAGGCUAUGGAGGUGUGGCGCCGAAGGCGGCAAACACAGCAGGUAUGCCAGCCUUUGCAUCUGACAACAAGCUCGAAGAUGAGGAGCAAUACUUCCUUCGACUGGCAGAAGGAAAUCUUGAGAUCAGAUGACUCGGUUAUGCGUGUCAAGAUUGAACCUCCGAACUGGUUCAAUAUCUUUCUGCUCUUUCACCGCUUAUUCGAAGCACAUUUCAUGCCGGCACACAUCUCGAUAUUGGUCGUAGCAUCGACUCUCUAUCGGGCUCUUACCCCUCAAGAGGAAGACACCUUCAGUAUCGCAUGGACGUUUGUCGCUACAGAUAUUUUAAGGGCAAUAGGACUCCUGACCCUGCUCGUCUUCUUCUACUCCUACCAACAAUAUCAUCAUCUAGCUCUAGAGGCUCGCCGAAAUGAGAUGAUAGCUGCUGGUCUAGCGGAAGUAGUAAGCCAAUGAGGGCGAGUGGCAAGACGAUAUGAUUAGAGGAGACGACGUUACAGUACAUACCUUUUUUUUUCUGCCUCGAAUUUUUGGGAUGGAGGAGAUACAUGUUCGGCGAUGUCUGGAACAUCGAGCUUGAUUGUAGACUUUUCUCAUGCAUGGUUGAUUAUCAUCCUGUUGAGAUACCAUUCGAGAUUUUAACUUAUAACGACGAAAGAUUAGAC